GCGCCCGCUUGUCUCGGCAUUCCGGGCUGGAACGCGGCGCGGUCUGACAGGAGUGGCGGCCCCGGCCGGCCCGGGCUGGCAUGGGUUGGAAUUGGAGCCUAUCUCCCAUCCCGAAGGCUAUCAGCAUCAUGUGGUUACUAACUGUUCCUCAUUCACCGGUUGAUGCCUCCCAGAAAAAAACGCCGCCAGCCUUCCCAGAAAGCCCAGCUGCUGUUCCACCAUCAACCACUGGAGGGCCCCAAACACUGCUAUGCAUCUCCACAGCUCCCCAUGACUCACACUCGACAGGUGCCCAGCAAGCCCAUUGACCACAGCACCAUCACUUCCUGGGUAUCACCUGAUUUUGAUACAACAGCAGGAAGUUUGUUCCCAGCCUACCAGAAACACCACCACCAAGACCGGGCGAGACAUUUAAGUCGAAAAUCUACCACUUCCAAGUUUCCACGUCUAACUUUUGAGAGUCCACAAUCUUCCCGUUCAGAGACACUGGGGAUCCCCUUAAUCAGGGAGUGCCCCAAUCAAUCAGAAAAGGAUGUUUCCAGAAGACCCUUAGUUCCAGUGCUCAGUCCCCAAAGCUGUGGGGACAUGUCAGCUCAGGCACUUCAGAGCUUACCUUAUGUGUUCAUUCCACCUGAUAUCCAGACCCCAGAGUUAUCGUCUAUGAAGGAAGAACUCAUUCCCCCAGAUCAGAAGGAAAACCUUUCAAGCUGUUCUCUUCACACUGGCACUCCCAGUAGCCCAGAGCCUGGACCUGUUCUGGUUAAAGACACCCCUGAGAACAAGUAUGGAAUAAAGGUCACAUGGAGGAGACGACAGCACCUGCUUGCUUACCUCAGAGAGAGAGGGAAACUGAGCAGAAGCCAAUUCCUUGUGAAAAGCUGACUGCCAUCAGCAAUCUC